AUGGUUUUCAAGGUUGACUCAAUAGCCAUAAUAGGUGCAGGACCUUCGGGAUUGGCCGCUCUUUAUGAAUUUCUUCAUACGUCUAAACAAGGUGUAAGCUCUUUUGGUAGUAAGGAGCCUGAAGAGAAGGCUUUUGAAGAAAUAGUAGUUUUCGAGCAGAAAUCUAAUCCGGGGGGCGUAUGGGCUGUUCCAGAUGAAGAGAAAGUAUCUUAUUUGAAGGACCUUUACCAGUAUGACUCACUUCAGAACAUCCUUGACUCAAAGGAAAAGAGCUUACAAAGUGCAAUCAGAAGCUACAAUUCGCGGAUUCCUUUAGAAGUUAAUAAAUCGGAUGACUCAGUGUCUUGGAAGGGAACACCUUUGUAUAAGAAUCUUUUUACAAAUAUACCAAAGAGAUUUACAAGAUUUUCUACUAGUGCGUAUAAAGCUAUUGGAAAUGGUAGGCCCAUAGACCCAUUUUUGAGAGAUUUUGAAUUAAGGAGUCACAUCCAGAAUUACGUAUCUGAGCAUGACUUGGAAAAGCAUAUCAAGUUCAACACAGAAGUGGUUAAGGCUGUGAAAAAGGGUGACAAGUGGCUACUUACCCUCAAGUAUGAGGAUAAAGAUACCGAUAAAAAAGAAUUUUAUCUGAAAGAGUUUGACGCUAUCGUGGUAGCGAAUGGAAGUUAUACGCUUCCUUAUAUUCCCCAGAUCGAAGGGUUGAAAGAGUACGAAGAAGCUCAUCCUGGCUCCAUUUUACAUUCUAAAUUUUUCAGGGACUAUGAGGACUAUAGGAACCAAAAAAUUAUCAUCUUGGGUAGCUCUGUGAGCGGAUUGGCUCUUUCUCAGUACUUAAAACCACUUGCAAAAGAAUUUAUUCUUUCGCGUAAAAACAGAAAGGAAAUCUUAGAUUGGAUGAAUGACAUUAUUUAUUCAAAAGAAGUGACUGUGAAAUCUCCAAUCAAACGGUUUAUUCCCUCAAGUAAAGAAAUUUGGUUUGAUGAUGGUACUAGAGCGAAGGAUUUUGACAAGAUAUUGUUAGCGACAGGUUACUAUCCCUACUAUCCUUUCUUUGAAAAAGGCUUUUUAUCCCUCUCCGUCCCUCCAGAGAAGAAAGGGCCUGCUAAUAAUUCUAGGAUCAAGAACCUAUACUACAAUAUUUUCAAGAUAGAUGAUCCUACAUUAGCCUUUGUUGGAUUAAUUAAAACUUCGCAACUCUUCACUGGAUUUGAAUCUCAAUCUGCUGCAGUUGCAGGUAUAUGGAGUAAUGCUAAACAGUUGCCAUCUCUCAAAGAACAAUAUGACUGGGAACUCAAAAAAUUAGAAGAGACACCCGAUACUUCGCGUUUCUAUGUAUUUUCAAAUGAAGACGUCGAAACUAAAUAUUUUGACAGGAUCAAAGAUUUCUUUCCCUUCGCAAGAAAAUAUCCUCUCGAUGAAAAUUAUUAUGAACACUUUGAAGAUUUUAAAAUUGGAGAGCAGAAGCUUGCCGAUCUCUCGCUUUCCAUAAUAAGAAAGAAAGUAGUGUUCGAAAACGGUGAAUACAUAGUGAAAUAG